GUGCUCUUCCUGUUUUGAGCACAUCGCCUCUGAAUUGCUGCCCCUGCCACCUACGCCCGCACGAAUCCUAGAACCGAGAGAGGUCUUUUUGCCGUUUGAGGAUCCAACUUUUGUACUCGGAAGUCGACACGACACGAAGUGUCGAGAAAUGGCCGUGGAUAGUGGCAAGGGUGGGAAGAACGCGAAACGCAAGAAACGAAGAGCGGAGCUGGCCAAUGCAGCCGCGCCACGUGUAGAGGCUGACGUCGGCGUAGGUGCGGAGCCUGCUGCCGGGGGAGCGGUAACCACGGCGGGAGACGCGGUGGCGGCAGGCGGGCGGAGGAAGAAGAGAGCGCGGAAAACGAGGGGCGAGGGGAGUGGGGCAGGAGCGCUUGAGGCGAAGGAAGUGGGAGAACGGGGGGAAGAGGAGCAGCAGGGGGAAGAGGAGCAGCAGGGGGAAGAGGAGCAACAGGGUGAAGCGGCGGGCGCAUCAGCUGAGGACAGGCUGGUAGCAGGGGGGGAAGAUGCGGAAGAGGGGGAAGCGGAAGAGGGUGAGGUUGCGCAGGAAGACUACGAGGCCCAUAAGUUGGCAGAAGUGGACGCGGAGCUUUCCCCGCGCGAGCUGCUUCCGCAACUAGACGCGGAAGCCGCCAGUCAGAGGCGCCUCAAAGCUCGCAAGCUGAAGGCGGACGUUAAGGCGGAGGCAGCUGUUGCGCGGAGAGCGGCCGAUGGGCAAGCAGGCGGAAGCGGUUCCGACAGGGGCGCGGGUGGGGGACUCCGCGCAGAGGGAAGAAGUGACGGCGCGGGGGAAGCGGCAGCAGCGGCGGCGGAGUGGUUUCAGGCGCAGUUUCUGGCCCACUGCGGCAAGAGUUUGUCGCCUGUGGAGCGAGAACGAGCCAUCCCAGCCUCGUCCGUGGUGCUGUACAGCACGCCCUCCCCCUCGUCUGCAGCGCAGCAGCCCGCCAGCACCAACGCCCAGCCAGGGGGUGCAGGACCGGGCGGCAGGGAAAUGGGCGGCGGAAGAAGGGGCGGCAGAGGAGCGGGCGGCAGGGGGGGCGGGAGGGGAGCCAAGGGCGGCAUCCCGUCCAGCAGCAGCGAGUCUGCCGCCCACCAGGGGCCCAGUCUUGCCGACCACAUCAAGACCACUCUAGGUGCCACGUGGCGCUCCCUGCUGCUGCCACCAGGCGAGGGAACGGAAACAGGCAAUAAUCAACCACAGCAGCAGCAGGAGGGGCAGCAGUGGGAGGCGGGCAGUCCAGUGGUGCUGAUAGUGUCGGCGUCGGCCAUCAGAUGCGUGGAUCUGCUAAGGGACUGCAAGGGCAUCGGGCGUGGGUGCCGCGUGGCGAAGCUGUUUGCGAAGCACCUCAAGGUGGAGGAGCAGGUGGAGACGCUCCAGGGACCCGUGCACGUGGCGGCCGGGACCCCCAACAGGCUGCUGAAGCUGCUCUCAUCGGGCGCCCUGCGCCUCGCGUGUCUGCGAGUGGUGGUGCUGGACUUGCUGCCCUCCCCCAAGGCCUUUACCCUGCUCUCCAUGCCGGAUGUCAAAGCCGAGUUCUGGGAGCUCUACCUGAGGCAUCUGCACGACGCGGCGCUCUCCAGCGCUGCUGUGCUGGCGCUGCAUGAUUGGACGGGCGACACCUCUCCGCCCAAAGACGGUGUGGGGAAGAAGGGCCCAGGGAAAGAGCUGGCCGGGAAGCAGAAGGCAGGGAAGAAACGGGCGGCAGCAGGUGCUGGGGAGGGGGAAUCAGGAGGAGACGGGGCAGCAGAGGAAGCAGGGGAUGCAGGAGGAGGGGAAGAGGGCAUGCAGAAGAAACGGAAGGCUUCAAAGGCAACAGGGAGGGAGGGAGUGGGAGCGGGGGAGGAGGGGGGCGGCCUCCUCGCGUUGCUCAUGUGGGUAUGCUUUGGUUGGGAAGAGAGGGUGGUGAUUGAGGGAAUCGUCGAUGGAAGGCAGGUGAGGAGAGAAGUGGAGGCGCGGUGAGGGGACGGAGUCACGGAGCAGUACAGCUUGGCACAGCAAGCCACGCAAGGCAGGCAUAAGGGCGGGCGGCCUAUUUCAUCUCUGCACGUAUGGAGGUUGCAAAGUUUUUCCCUAGUAAAUGUAAUUGUUGAAGCACAGCUAAUGGUGGCCUCCUGGGCGCUCAAUGCUAUGAAAGCCAGGGAGGUGGCAGAGUGGUUUGGAGUGGUGGAUAAUGAAAUGUGCAGCACCUAGCUGGGUGGCAGGGCUGAGGUCUCCAUAGUAGCG